AUGGCGACCGCAAUUUCCAAGCCGGCCUCCCAUACCCAGAAGAUGAAGCGGCCGCCCCCGCCUUUCGGCCAGGCCGCGGUCAAUGGGGCCAAAGGCCAGCAACUUUCUUCCUCACCCCCAUCCAUUACAAAACCUCUUCCUACGAGUGCUGCCCACAACACAAGCUCCAAUUUCACAAAUGGCGUGACUCAUGGGGCAAAUCCCAUGACCAAAGGCCCCCUUAAUCGGACGAGGAACCAGUCUCAAAGGCCCAUGGAUCAGUCCUCGCGCUCUGGCCGGCCAGUAACGAGGACUGCUGUGACGGAUCAGGCACAUCGAGUUGGGAAAAAGGCACCAGAACCAUAUGUGAAAACUACCUCCUAUAUCCUCAAGAAAUAUGCAAAAUGCCCCCCAUCCCUCAUCGUGCAUUUACAUCCCACACAUUUUCGAUUCGAGCAGCAAGAUGGUAGCUUUCCCUACAACUCCGAGAUGAAAGUCAUCAUCGAGCAUAUCCGCGCCGGGACUGUUCCGCAUGACCUGAUUGAGGAGCUUUUGCGAGGCGGUGUGCAAUUCUACGAAGGUUGCCUCAUCGUCCGUGUCAUCGAUCACAAAUCCGCCUCGGCGCAAGCAAGAAAGACAUCCGCAAAGUCGUCAAACGAGAACAAUACACCAUUCUCCCUCCACAACUACAAUGAACAUGUUACACCUUCAGCUCAUGUUCCAUACCCAAAGCAAAACCAGCUCACGUCAGCCACGCAGAGCACGAAGGCUGAUGGGACACCGGUUGCAAAUCAACAGCCGGAUGGACAGGCGACGAGCGAAAAGAAAGAUGGCCAAAGCAGCGAUGUAAACCAAAAGAAUGCUCCUGUCAAGCCUCGGAUAUUCACCACGGUGCUUCACCCUACUGCUCGGACUUUGCAGGCAGAAUUGACACUGUUGGUUACCACACCGGACCCAAGAGCAAACAAAGCGCCUGCUCAGCCAAGCUCCUCUGGUUCCCCAACUGCCCCUGGAAGCAAUCAACUGGACCGUGGACAACCAGCAAAAAGACAGAAAAUGCUGGUUGAGCCAGAAAAUCUUUUGCAAUGUGAAUCUAAAAUGAUACACGCAUUGGCCCCUCCUCUCUUCCUGGAUCCUGUGCAUAGUUUCGAAGCUGCCCAGGAAUUGUUGAAGCACCUGGAAAGCCCACUGCAUUGCGAUCCGCCGCCCUUGCCCAAGCGCCGCAAGAGAACUGUUGCCGAGCUUGCGGCGGAUGAAGCCUUGGCGGCCGAAGAGGAGAGGUUCAUGCUUAUCAUGGACGAACGUCUGGAGCCGACAGCUUCUGGUCCUGGCGGUGCUGCAAAGGCUGCUGGUGUGGACGAAUCUGGUGGUGUGGUACCAUUCGAACCCCGAUUUUCUCGAUUCAAGACCCUUGAAACGAUUCGCAUGCAACACGAGGAGAAGGCUAAACGCGAACAUGAGAUGAAGCUGAAACAAGAGCUGGCCAAGAGACAGCAGCAGGAACAGGAGAGAGAACGCCGCCGUGCGAUUGAGCAGCGCCAAGCCGAGGACCACGCGAAAGAGGAAUCUCGGAGACAGCAAAUUGCCGCCCAGCAGGCGCAGGCUCAGCUUGCCGCGCAACAGCAGAAUCGUCAUGUCAUGGUUCAGUCCAACGGCGUUAGCCAGGGCCAACAGUCUUCGCCUGUUGUACGUACCCAGACCCCGCAUGCCAUUUCAUCACCACUUGUUGGUAAUACUAUGCCGAUGCAGGCGGUUCCGAUGACCAUGACCGCAUCUGGAUCUGGAAGUCCGCCGCGACCUCCAUCUGCCUUGCAGCAUGCACACCCGAAUGUUAUGAGCCACCCAAUGGCGCCUUCGAGGAGUCAGCAAGGACCAAGUCGACACGGUACUCCGCAGAUGACUCAGGGAACACCGGCUAUGUCGCAUGCCACACCGAUUAUGCGCAACGUUACGCCUACUCAGCGGAUGGGUCAUGGCAGUCCGAACCACUCGAUGGGUCAGACUCCAGUCAUGAACCAGGGCAUGGCAACCAACCAGCAGAUGAACGGAGGCAUGCCUUUCACGCCCCAGCAGCAGAUUAUGCUGCAACAGCGACAGCAAGCAAUUCUUCAGGCUCAGCAAGGAAUUCAGCACAACCAGUUCACGCCGCAGCAGCUAGCCCAGUUGCAGGCCAAUGUUCAUGCUCAGCAGAAUAUUCAAUCCCAUCAACAGCAACUCCUUCAGCAACAACAGCAGCAGCAGCAUCAGCAGCAGCAACAAGGUCAUCAAGGUGUUCCAAAGGUUCCUCAACAAGGCCAGCAAGCAUAUCAGGCUCAGCUUAUGCGUGCUCAAUAUGCACAGAUGCAGAUUGUGAAGCAGCAACAACAAGGACAGCAACACCCGCAGAUGCAGGGCCAGCAGAAUCAGCCUCACCAAGGCAAUCAGCAAUUGACGGCCCAGCAGCAGAUGCUUAUGGCAGCCGCCCAAGCGAAUGGUGGCCAAAUGGGUCCGAAUGGGCAGCCCAUGAAUCAGGCCCAGAGAUACACACAGCUCUACCAACAACGACUGCUUCGCAUGCGACACGAUAUGUCGGCGCGAUAUAUGGCACAGUACGGCCCGCCAAACCAAUAUCCUUCCAACAUUGCACAGCAAUAUGGGCCAGGAUUGGAAAAGACCGCCAAAGCCUGGGUCUCCGAGGUCAUGCGACGCGAGCGAGAUGGUGGCCAACAGCAGCAGCAACAGCGUGCUGCGUUACAAGCACAGCAAAUGCAAGCUCAGGGCUCAAUGCACAGCAUGGGUGGCAUGAACAACUGA